AUCUCAUGAUUUAUAUUUUUCAAACGAGCGAACGUAAAAAAGAUCAUUUUCUAAUCGCAAACCAUCGAUAACAAAAUGAAAAUAAUUUUCUUACUUGUAUGUUUAGCCAUCGGUACUAACAGCUUGUGUUUAAAAUCCGAAUGGAACUCAUUUAAACAAAAUUACAACAAAAUCUACGACAACUCCGAAGAGGAAACCCAUCGUUUCCAGGUAUUCAAAGAAAACUUGAACAUCAUCCGAAAGCACAAUGAAAUGUACAACAAAGGCGAAGUUACCUAUUACAUGGGAGUCAACAAAUUCACCGACAUGUCCGAGGAGGAGUUUAACAAAAUGCUUCAAUUACAGGCUCUCACUAAACCUAAAAUCACAACAACCCCUCAUAAACAUCCAGAAAAUACCCAAAUCCCGGAGUCCAUCGACUGGAGAGAAAAAGGGGCUGUCUUGGAAGUCAGAGACCAAGGCGACUGCGGUAACUGCUGGGCAUUCGGAGCUGUGGGUGCUCUGGAGGGUCUGAACGCCAUAAAGAAGAAUUCUUCGGUAUUGCUGAGCCCCCAGCAGCUGACAGACUGCUCGAUCAGGUAUGGUAAUCACGGCUGCUACGGAGGAAGGCAGAUUUUCGGAUUCGAUUAUGUCGUCGAUUACGGCAUCGAGGCGGAAAGUUCGUACAAAUAUCAAGCUAAAGACGGUGAAUGUAAAUACUCCGAGAAAAACGUGGUGUUGAACAUCGCAGGUUACCGUCAAGUGAAUCAAACAGACGAAGCGCUUAAAGAGGCUGUUGGCACUGUUGGUCCGGUAACUGUAAGCAUAGACGCGUCUCCGUUUCAUCAAUACAAAGGCGGUGUUUACAGCGAUAUUAAAAAUUGUGGGAAUAAUCUGGCCAGUUUGAAUCAUGCCGUUCUUGUGGUAGGUUUUGGCACGGAUAAAGGGGAGAAAUAUUGGUUGAUUAAGAAUUCCUGGGGCGCCGAUUGGGGUGAGCAGGGCUACUUCAGAAUCCACAGAGAUUACUCCGUUUGCGGAGUUUUACUCGAUGCCAGCUAUCCAUAUGUUUAAAAAAAUGUUUAAAUAUUAUACUGUACUUACCUGAUCAAAUUAAAUAACAUAUUUAAGACGAA